AUGGGAUACAUUGCAAACACGCCCGAGGAGCGCCUCGAGCGAUCAGACUCGAAGAAUCCAAAGACAACGUGCAAGGGCCUCACGGGCGCAGGAAACCUAUGCCGCAACUCAGUCACGCCCGCGAGGGGCAAGAUGCUUUCGCCAACGGCCAAGGAGGAGUCGCUCUACUGCCACCACCACAAAGACCAGGCUGCAAGUCGCUCUGCACAGUCGAGUCCCGGCCCUAGACUGUCCGGCAGACCCAUCUUGGAAGAGCGAACGAGCAUCGACACUCUCGCGGACCGGCUUGGCCUGGUGGACGUAGGCUCCAACCCAACCAAGAAACAGAAACGGCCUCAUGGAGGACGGCUCAGUGGCGGUAGUGGGACACAAACCACGAGCGCCUCGAAGCCGCCCUCGGCAUAUACACGUCCGCCGCAAAAGGAGCGCAAGGAAUUACACCUCUGCUGCUGCUUCAGCAUCCCCAUCGACGAAGUCCAGGAAUCCCAGCCCGCCCCUCGGCCCCAGCCGCGACCGGUGCAGAACGGCGGCUCCGCAGCCAUGCCCCGGCCCUCGAGCCAGCUCCUGGCCCCUUCGAAUUCGCGCCCGCGACCGAGCACGUCGAGCCACUCCCGGAAGAGCUCCCAGCAGGCAUCCCCUCAGCCGCUCUCGACGUCCCAGACAGCGCAGUACCUAUCACUCAUCCCCCCAUCGACCGACCCCCAGACAGCAUCGGCGCUCAUGGCGGAGUUGGCGAGGCCGUACGGCAGCUCUGAAGAAGCGGGCUACAUCUACAUGUUUUGGAUCACCCCGACUUCCAAAAAGGAGGCGGCCCCUGUGCAGGAAGCGAGAUCGCUGCUUGCACCGCCUUCGCCAGCCCGGGGCGUGGGACGCAACCGACGGUCUAGCGACGUGGUAUCGGCCUUUGCAAACGCCAACGGCGGCGCAUCGGGCGACAAUAAGAUGCUCAUCAAGAUUGGACGGGCGCAGAACGUCCAGCGCAGGAUGCAACAGUGGACAAAGCAGUGUUCCUACGAGAUCGAGGUACUGCGGUACUACCCGUACAUACCGGGAGCGAGCGCGGCAUCGGGACAGCAACCGCGCAUGACGCCGCAUGUGCACCGCGUCGAGCGGCUCAUCCACAUUGAGCUGUCGGGCAUGGGACUGCAUGCCGGGCCCAUAACGUGUGCCGGAUGCACUUCGGUGCACCGCGAGUGGUUUGAGGUGCAGACGUCCAAGAAGGGCAUCGGCGCGGUGGACGAUGUGAUUCGGAGAUGGGUUGACUGGGACGAGACGACUGUUUGA